AUGCAGUUUCCGUGAUAUUUCCUGUUUUCGAGGUUGGACUUUAACCUGCAUAUGAUUUGUUGUUGUACGUUACGGGUGAGUUAGUAUAAUCUGCAGGUAUGAGUGCAGUGAUCCCCCGGAUAGAGCAGCUGUCCGCGCGCGUGGUUCGGGUUUUGGGGUGCAACCCGGGACCGAUGACCCUGCAGGGAACCAACACCUACCUGGUCGGGACCGGGGAAAGGAGAGUGCUGAUAGACACUGGAGAAUCAGCUGUUCCUGAAUACAUCAGCAGUCUGAAGCUCGCUCUGAAACAGUUCAACACCAGCAUCCAGGAGAUCAUCGUCACUCACUGGCACCACGACCACAUCGGGGGGGUGGAGGACAUCUGCCGGGACAUCACUGGUUCUGAGGUCCGAGUCAGCAAACUGCCUCGCUCCAGCCAGGUCACAGAAACAGCCGGAAACAAAAGCGUUACUUAUCUGAAAGACGGAGAUGUCGUCCAGACCGAAGGCGCCACACUGAAAGUGCUGUUCACCCCGGGUCACUCUGACGACCACAUGGCUCUGCUGCUGCAGGAGGAGCACUCUCUGUUCUCUGGAGACUGCAUCCUGGGAGAGGGCACCGCCGUGUUCGAGGAUCUGUUCGACUACAUGAAGUCUCUGAACGUCCUGCUGCUCUCCCAGGCCGACUGCAUAUACCCCGGUCACGGCCCCGUGGUGCAGGACGCUGCCUCUAAGAUCAGACACUACAUCAGCCACCGAGCCCAGAGAGAGCAGCAGAUCCUAGAGGCCAUCCAGCAGGGAGAGGGCGCAUCCUUCUCCUCCAUGGAGCUCGUCAAGAUCGUCUAUAAGGACACUCCUGAACACCUGCACAAAGCGGCUAAUGUGAACCUGGUGCAUCACUUAAAGAAACUGGAGAAAGAGGGCAAGAUCAGCCUGGUGAAUGAAUCUUCAAAGAACAUCAAAUGGAGAAGUAACCUGUGAUAUCCUUGGGCGCCAUGAAGACACUAUUUUAAAUGUAAUAUUUGGUAAGGAUGAGGAAUAUUCAGCUGAAUGGUAUAUCCUCACUUAUCAAUCAAAAAUAACCUGAUCAAUGGCCUUAGAUACUCUGAUUGACAGAUAUGUUACAGAUAGAUCAGGGAUGGAGGUCACACUCGAUGCCUUGGAUGUUUCCUGAGCAUACAGACCAUUAACACACACUCACCUGGACUGAGCUGCUGUGUCAAAUAACAUGUAUUAAGGUAUAUAUGUCUGUAAGUCAGGUGCAUUUGGCUAGUGGGAGAAUGGAAAAGUAGACACAGUUUGCACCGAAUAAUAUUGCUUAUUUUCCGUCUUCCUUGGUAGAAUUUUCCCCAAGUUUCGUCUCAGGAAGCACUUUUUUGUUGACUUUAAACACAUUAAAUGUGAGUGUCGACUGUAACAGAUGUCUUCUAAAAAUCGAUAUAUUUGAAUCCAAAGCUGCACUUAGAUACGUUUCUUUUUCAUAUGCUCUCACCAAAGUUUUAAAAAGUUGUAUUAAAUCUGUUCUCUUUCUUGAAAAAUGAAGCACCCGUUCUACAAGUGAUGCUAUUCCUCAGUCAGUCACUAGGUGGCAGUAUCCGCUAAUACUUUUAUUGGGCAGAACUUUGAUUUUACACUUACUGUAACAUAACACUUUACAAAUAUUUUGUAUAUGAUAAAGAAAGAUGUAGAAAUGGUGUGGUGGAGAGAUUGUUGGCUACUACAGUGAUGUGAUGUUGUAUUUUCUGACUAUGAUGAAUAAAAUCAACUGUGCAUUUGUGAUAGUAAUGAGAUCAUCAUUAGGGAUAUGUUUUUAAAUGAAUGAAUAAUACAUGUGAACAUCUGAAUGUGAUCUCAUAUCAUCGUCAUGAUGGUGACGCAGUGUCUCUCUGAUCAGAUAUUCUGCGUUGACCUGUGCUCGACCUCUCAUCUGUUCCCCGGCUCUGAAACAAUCUGAUGUUUGGGGAUUUGUAAUAGAUACACAACGAGUUCUGACUGUCAGAUCACUCACUGUAGAUUGUCUACAUAAACUGCUCAACUUGACCACUCGUAAUAAAUGACUACAAUGCAUUAAUCCUGUAGAAUAAAACAUCUGGUAUUUUAGAGUGGUUCUGAUGAUCAAUAAGAAGUAAACUUGUCAAACAAAGUGAACAGUAAGAAUACCUACUUGUGUUUUACGUCAGUAUUUCAAUUUGUAAUGCUACAUUAAAAUAUAUAAUGUGA